GUUGUAUGGAGCAGAUUUGAAAUGAAAAAUAAAAUCACAAAUCGCUUGCAAUAUUCGUGCUGUAGUAGUUAAAGCUAUAACAGAAAAACAAAUAAUUCGGAUUCAGAAAUGGAGAAAUCGUUGCAACUACAGAACGUGGAAAGUUUACGUGUCCAACUAAGCAUGGAGAGAAUACCGGUAUCGAAAGCCGCUAACGAAUUAAAAGAGUAUUGUUUACAAAAUGAACCAAACGAUCCAUUGGUAAAUCCCGGAGCACGAAAAGCAAAUCCUUGGGCCGAAAAAUCAAAGUGUAAUGUUCUGUGAAAAUAAUUAAUUUGGAAUACUGCUGAUACGUAUUAUUUGAUUUGUAAAUAUAUAUUCGAAUUAUUA